GGCAAUCAGUGUUGAAAUAGGAACAGGCAAGGGACUUUUGGAGUUGAUGCCAACAAUGACUUGCGCUGUCAAAAACCAAUAAGCUAUUCUCUGGAGCUAAAUUAGUAUCUGGAAUUUUGAUGAGUCUAUUGGCAGAUGAGAGAACUUCUGUUUUAUCUCGGAAGUUAUUUCCUAGAAUUCAGUUUACACAGCACAGAAUAGAAGCUAAUCAAAUGAAGAACUUUGGGCUGACAUCCCCUUUGCCGACACUCGCUUUGGCCGUUACAGCAUUAGUGGGAGUCCUGACGGCAGUCUUUAUAUUCCAGUCCGCAUCUAGCAAGUGAUUGGAUCCAUGGUGAUGUUUGUGUCUGUAAAGUUUGUUGCUGUGAGGAGAUGACUCAGUACACAUUCUCUAGUUGUAAUUUUUGUAAGGGAUACAUGUCAUUCGACUUUGUGACCGCAAAAGUAAUGGAAUUUUCUUCCCUCUUUCUUCUGAUUUGCAUUUCCUUUUACUUCAUCUUUUUGACCAUGGUUGGUGGGUAAAUCAUUGCAUUCUCUAUGAAAGCAAUUUUAGCUUUGUGCCUUUAGCUUCCUCUUGACACUGAGAAUGCUGCUGAAUCAACUCUCAUGAUCCAAUUUAUUCUUUUAUCAAACAGGGUGAAGUAAAAGGAGGAAUAACUCCAUUAACCACUGUCGCAUAGAAAAUUGCAUUUUCCCCUUUAAGAGUUUGCCUAUCUGUUUCUGGCAUCAUGGAACCUUUCCCUGUCCCUCCCUUUAGAUCUGGUAUGGAGGAGUUAUCACAUUGAAAAGGAAAGCCUGAACACUUCUGCUGAAAUGGGCACUUAAUGUACAUUUUAUUUUUUAGCCUUUUCAAGUCUAAAGAUAUGCUUGGAUACUUUAGAGGUAGUGUUGGUUAUGUCAGUGAUCGUGUGCCUUUAGAUGUUGGCACUUGUACCCCUGCAUCAAUCAGGGUUUUAAUACAAUCGACUUUUCCUCUUCUUUAUACAAGAAUCAAUUCCAUUUCCCUUUUCUUGCAAUUGCGUCUCACAAGGUGCUUACUUUGUGAAUAAGAGAUCUUCUUAACAAAAGGUCUGAUCUUUCCUCGACCAUAGGCUUCCUUUCAAGUGGCCAUUUUCAUUCAUUUUCAAGUUGUUUCCCAUCUCAUUCUCCAGUCUACUCUCUUGACGGAACAAUCUUACUCCAUCUUUCUCUGUUCUUGCUCCCUCUCUGCACAAACUCCAAGCAUGGGGGUUGCGAUAUCUAAAUUUGCAAAGAGGUUUCUGAAGAAGAGUGCGCUGAGGAUACUAAUGGUGGGUCUUGAUGCAUCGGGCAAGACGACCAUCCUGUACAAGCUGAAGUUAGGCGACGUUGUCACAACAAUACCAACCAUCGGUUUCAACGUAGAGACAGUAGAGUACAGGGAUGUCAAUUUUAAUGAUUGGGAUGUUGGAGGGCAGGACAAGAUCCGGCCUCUGUGGAGACACUACAUCCAGAAUGCACAAGGACUCAUCUUUGUGGUGGACAGCACCGACAGAGAGCGGAUCGGCGAAGAUCGGAGCGAGUUGCAUAAGAUCCUAAGUGAGAAGGAAUCGAGUAAUGCAGCUCUUCUUGUAUUUGCCAACAAGCAAGACCUGCAUGAACCUAUGCACGCCUCCGAAAUUGCUGACAAACUCGGCCUGCAUUCACUCGGUGAGCGUCACUGGUAUAUACAGAGCACUUCUGCAACUUCUGGACAGGGACUCUACGAAGGCCUCGAUUGGUUGCAUAAAAACAUCCCCAGCAAGGCCAUGUAGGAGGGUCUAUUGCUCGAUUCUUCAGCAGCAGAAACUUUUACAAACAUACACAGAGCAGAUUGACGAAUGGAAUCUAUGCUUCAUCUUUCUCGAGCUGUAUUCCAGCCAUUUAUAAGCAAACCGAACUUCCAAGACAUCAUCACACCUCAAAGUGCGA